AUGGAGGAUUCCAUAAUUCUUUGCUUUCCAUUUGACCAGAAAGUACCAGUGCUCCGGAGCUUUUGCUUCUACACGACCGUGGGGAUUUUCUUCGUCUACGUCAUGACCUUGAUAUUCAUGGUCCCGAUUAUGUCUCUUGACGAAAGGAGACGAGACAGCGGGAGGGAAGGAUGCUUGUGCAUUCGCUUGCCAGCCGACUACAAGAAGAACCGUUGCUCCCAAAAGCUCCUGCUCGACGUGUUCUUCCACAGGUUCUUCGGGCCAUUGCUCGUCAAUCCUCUGAGAACAGAAAAGUUUACGUAUUACAGAGGAAAUGCGGAUUACUUCAGAGAGAAAGAGGCCCUGGAAGAAUUGUUCAAUAGGCUAUCGGCUCUACCUGGGAUUAAGAAUCGAACUACGGAAUUCUGGUUUCACUCCUUCCUGGAGUAUCUCAAGGAUGAAGGAGUGCAGCUUGACCAAAGUAACAUCUGCAUGAGGAACUGUUCGUCGUAUUCCAUGAUGUCCAAGGCCGAUUUUAAGUCGGAAAAUUCGGACAAGACAACUGUAGAGUGA